GGGCUGGGAGGAUGGGAGAGACAAUGACCCUUCAAAACGGGCCGGUCUCGGGGACGGAGAGGUUGACGGCUUUAGGACCGAGGCCCGGCAGCGGGAGGCUGCGCAAUGGGGUGGAGGGAACCGGAGCUAAAUUUGGGACCAUGGGAGCGAGGAUUGGGACUGACUCAAAUCCGGAGGCUCUGGGGGUAACAGGGCGGGUCCUCUGAUUCGGAACCAGAUCUGUGGUAUGCAGUUGGGUUCCAAGGCUGAAAGAGGGAGAUGUAGUAGUUAAUUUAUUAUUCGUUGCUAGGUUUGGAAACUUGGGUCCGUUUUGGGAUGUGAAGACCUGGGGCGAGGCACCUAAAGGGUGGGAUUUAGAGGCCCAAGGCUAAAGGCCAGGUAAGAAUUUAGGCUUAGUCCCCCCUCACAUCCCAGGCACGAGUUUGGAACCUUGGAGCUGACCUUUGAGUCAGAGGUCAAGAGAUCAGAAGGACACCAGGCAGGAAAAAUGGCCUAGUUGUGGAGAAGGUCUUGGAGUCAGAACACAACAGGAAAAGCCUGUGGUGGGACAGGGAAGGCUCAGAGCUCGGAGGCCGUCGGGAGCCGCGAUCUCGGUGGGAUCGGGAAUGGAGUCAGAAAGUACAGCGCACUUCCCUUCCCCAAAAUGGCGGCCGCCGCCCACAACCUUUCCCGUCUGACAGGUAGGCCUUGCGUGGGUCCCCGCCCCUUUAGCGACCACGUGACAGAGCGCUGGCCCACAGGGGAGAGGUGGGGCUUCCAGAGGACGCCUCCGAAGAGACCGCCGCGCGAGCCGCGACCCUAUUGGCCAGAAACGCACUCUUCACUGAUUGGCCUGAAGGCUUGCGGGGAAUGGCGGAGUUUUUCUCCUGAGGCGGGAACCUCAAGUGCCCUUUUGAUUGGCAAAUUUUGGGUCGAGAUUGUCGAGAUCUGUCCCGAGAUUGGAUUGGCAAAGUCGGGCGAGACUUACUCUGAUUGGUCAAGCUACCAAAUUUCCGCGCGGGGAUUGGCUUGCAGAACGAUAAAGGCGGAGCAGGAAAGAAAGCUUCGCGCUGGGCAUUCAGAAGCAGCCACUAGACUAGCCGGACCUGUAGCGCCAUUGCCUGCCGCGGCACCUCCCUCCAUGGCAGUUCCCGAGACCCGACCCAACCAUACUAUUUAUAUAAACAACCUCAAUGAGAAGAUCAAGAAGGAUGGUGAGUUCUCGAAGGAGACCAGACUCCAGGCUGUCUCGCACGGGCCUCUUUCAUCCCCAGCAUCUACUUCUGCAGCCAUCUCUUUCAGAGCUGAAGAAGUCCCUGUAUGCUAUCUUCUCCCAGUUUGGCCAGAUCCUGGAUAUCCUGGUGUCACGGAGCCUGAAAAUGAGGGGCCAAGCCUUUGUCAUCUUUAAGGAGGUCAGCAGCGCCACCAACGCC